AUGGCUAAGUGUGUUUGCUGUUACUUCACUGAGGCACAGGUCCACAGAACCGUGAACUCCGAGGGACACAGAAUGCGGGAGCUCUUUGCAGGAGGAGAUGGAAAUAACAGCUACACUGAGCUCCUAGCUGGGAGCCGGGUCAGCCCUCGCCAGCGCCGCGCCCUCCCCGAGGCCCGAGGGAGGCGCCGCGGGAGGAAUUCCAGCCAUUUCCUCUGCGCCGCGCGGUAUGUGGCCUGCUCGCUGCCCGACCGCAGAGCGGCCCGGAGGUGGGGGCUGGCGGCGCGGGCCGGUCACCAGCCGCGUCUGGCAGCUGCCCUGGCCUCGCCGUCCCGCUCCAGAUUCCCGGCUGGCCGCCCCUCGUCCCGGGCAACCAAACCGGCCCUGGAGCGGCCCGGGGCCGGCGCGGCGCUGCCGGGACCCCGGCUCCUCCCCGCGCGGCCGCAGCCGGCGGAAUCGCUCCCGCCCCAAGGCCGCCUGCCUCCUCGGUCCCCGCCGCGCACCCUAACCCGCGGGUCCCCCGAAUCUCAGUUUGACACUGAAGGUGGCCUUUGCUACGUCACCUUGGGGUAUCGCUGCUGUCCUCAGCUCUCCUGGAUCUUCCGCCCACCCUGCCCAGGGCCUCUUCUCCAUACUAGUGCUCGGUGGAGCAGUCGGGGCGGCUUUACAGCCAGAGCCCCAAGGCCGAGAAUCAGCCCUUGCAGCAAGACGUGCUCCCCUCGUUCCCCCCACACACGCUACAGCCACAGACCGCAUAAAUCCAGGUGGAGACAGGUCCAGAAACACAGGGUACACCUCCCGAACUCCCAAUCGCAGACCGUUUCCUCCCUCCCCAGGUAUUUUUUAAAGGCUUCUCCCAGGGACCCCAGGCUGUGGCCAGUCUUGCUGAAAUGCUGACUUCUCUUUCAAGAUGGAUGGGGGAUGCUGCCUUAGGUUAGAAGGCAACGAACGAAAUCACAUUUUUAAAUGUAAAAUUUGAUUCUAAAUUUUUGAUGGUGCUUUUCGUUUUG